AUGUCACACACUGGACCUUUAAGUGGCAGAACAGUGAUGUCGUAUUUACAACCCUGGUGGUACAAAUGUCCGAGCAGCGCCUGAACGCACUGCAGUGGCUGUUGAGGACAGACUUGCUGACUGACGGUUGUUCUCGAUGCUGUGACACCGAAAACAUCAUGGAGAGCUUCACAGAGGUCGCAGCCACCAACUCCUCCGCACGCACUUACUCCCAGGUGGUGUUCACGGACAUCCCGCAAUCAUACCAGCCUUCAACCCACAUCACCUGCAGCUACACCCUCACCGCAGCCUUCCAGCCCAACCCCAGGGACUGGGUGGGCAUCUUUAAGGUGGGUUGGAGCACAACAAAGGAUUAUCAUACCUUUGUGUGGGUGGAGCCAUGUCUGGAUGUGGUCGAGCAGUCUGUGACAAGGCAGGCUGUUUUUAAAGAUUACUACCUGCCAAAGGAUGAGAUCGAGUUCUACCAGUUCUGCUACGUCGACAGUACUGGCCAGGUGCGAGGAGCCAGCACUCCUUUCUGUUUCAGAAACCCAGUGGAGCAAAACAUGGAAAGCAGCACGGAUGACGAGCUCCUGGUUAUCACGACACAGGAACAGGUCGAGCAGAGCGUACGUGAGAAGGCUGAGCUGCAGAAAGAGUUGACUCAGAUAAUGGAGGAAAACGAAACCUUGAAAAGAGCUCUGCAGAAGGAACAGCAAGACGCCGCCAGCUUGAAGGACGAGAACGAACAGAAAGAGAAAGAAAAGAGUCAGCUGCUCAAAGAACUGGGUCAAAUCAAGGAGCAAAAUGAAAACUUGAAGAGCACCUUACAGGAACGGCAGAAAGAAACAGACCACUUAAAGGAGGAGAUGACCCAAACGAUGAAGCAGAUGGAGACACGAGAACGUAAAGCUGCUGAGGAAAAAAUUAGUCAAAGCAUGAGUUUCGACAAAGCGGCAAAACAAACUGAGACGCACGCUCAGGAGAAAUACGACCGAGCUGUGAUGAAGAUCAACCAGCUCAAAGAGGAGCGUGAGGAGCUGAGGGGCAAGGUCGAUGCUCAAAGUCAGGAGAUCUGCAAGCUAAAUUCCAUAAUCAGAGAAAAAGAAAGGGAACUGUUCAAAGUGAAUGACAACAUCCAGCUCCUGCAGGUUGAUGUCCAGAGCAGCGAGAAAGCGAAUGAGAAGCUCUCUGCUGAGCUGCUGAGGUUGCAGAGCCUUGCACACAACAUGGACGACAUGAAGAAACAGAACCAGGAGUUAUGCAGGAGGCUGUCGCAGCAGGAUACACCACUGAACAGCCCAGAUGACGAUCUGAGGGAGCAGUGUCAGACUCUCACCCGCAAGCUGCAGGACACUCAGGCGAAGUUGGCCACUGAGAAGGAGGAGUCCAAAAACAUCAGGAGCCGAGUGGAGUAUCUGGACAGAGAGGUGACGCAACUCAGGGAGCAGCUGGAGGGCGUGAUCUCAUCCUUGGACCAGGCUAACCGGAAAUGUAACAAACAAGAGCUACAACUCAGAGAGGCCCAUGAAAAGAUUGCAGAGAGAGAAAGCGACACAGAAGACAAGGAUCACUUGAUCAUGCUGGUGAAAAAAGAGAAAGAGGAGCUUAUGAGAGAACACCAGAAUCUCACCAAUGAUAUCGAGGCGCUGCGGAGAGCCUACGCUGACAUCCAGGCAGCUCCCCCCGCCGAGUCGUCAUACAUGCAGCCUGACGUCACCUCGCCAGCUGGCACCACGCCUGCCGCCCAAGACUGGCAGCAGCCGGAGUCAACUGAACAGGCUGAGAACCUGUAUGAGACCAUAGGGAGCGUUGCAGACCAAGAGGAAGAGUCGCUGGUGUGCCGUCACUGCCAGGAGAGGUUCCCUCUCAUAACCCAGCAGGAACUGGAGCAGCACGAGCAGAGUCACAGAGUCUGUCCCUUCUGCACCAUGAUCUGUGACAACAUGGAGCAGUCUGUGUUUGAAGAUCACGUCUACAGCCACGAGCUGUGAGAACGGGCACCGGGUCCAAAGGUCCCGUUGGGUAUGACUCAUGUGUUUGGGGGGUAAAAAAAAAAAAAGGUCUUACAGGUUGGGUUGUAUGUAAAA